CUUAAAUCAAGAGGCGGAUACGGAGGGGUGUAUGUGAGCGCGGCUUCGUGCGGGUUCAUUGUUACGGGUGUAUAGACGUGAAGAAGCCGAACCAGCAGACAUGGGCAGCACCGAGUCCAAAAGCCAGAGUGCGGACACCGCCGCUAGCAAGACUGCGGAACAACAGGAAAAUGGUCACGUGAAGGCAAACGGCGAUACUCUCCCGAAGACCAAUGGGGACACAGCCGCUGCCAAUGGCUCCGCAGAGCCGGUCACCGAGGAGGCGGGAUCCGGGGAGACUAUCGAACAAGCUCCGCCAGCUAACGGGGAGGCGAAACCAGAGGAGCCCCCAGGAAAGCAGGCAAAGAAGAAAAGGUUCUCCUUCAAGAAGAACUUCAAGCUGCCUUUUAGGAAGACCAAAAAAGACGCAGCGGCUGAGGAGGCGCCCCCUGCUGGGGAAGAAGCUGCUGCUACCGCCACCCCCGAGCAAGAAGAGGCGGCAGCGCCUGCGGCAGACGCUAAACCUGUGGAGUCCACCAGUGACAAUGCCGAGCCCGCCAGCCCCGCCGAGGAACCCAGCCCCGAAGCUGCUGCUCCUGUACCCGCUGAGGAAGCUGCUGCCCCCCAGCCCGAGGAGGUGGUCUCUCCUCCAGAGCAGACCCCCCAGAGCGAAGAGUCCGUGCCCAGUACGGAGGCGCCCACUGAGCCUCAGAAGGAGGAGUAACUGCGGCCCCGGAGGUGUCCUCCAUAGACUGUACCGAGCUGAGCCCUUUUUUUAGACCUGUUAUUCACCACAGCCCUGGGUCCUGUGCAGCAGGGUGUGAACAGACCCCUCCAUGAUAACAUUCACUGCCCUCAUUAGGUGUUAACUCAUGUCCUGCUGAGGUGGACUGGAACAGACUGCCGCCCUCUGCCGUGUUCUAGUCACUGACCAUCCAUCGCUGAUAUGUAGCUGGAUCAGGGGGGCGCUGUCCUUGGACCCCCCUCCUCCUCAUCUGAGUGUUGCGGACUCUUCCUCAGGAUGUGAGCUGUGACUGUCACUUGAGAGAGAAUGUGUGCAUUUCUGUAAAUACUUAUUUUUUUUAUAGUCUAGUUCUGUGGUGACUUUUUUUUCUAAAUUCCUUCAGUUGUGUUUAUUUUUAUUCAUUGUGAUAUUUUAAAAAAAAUAAAUUUUAAUCCCCCUUUA